GCCUAACCUACGUAGCAUGUAAGACUGAAACCUGAGGCAACAAACAGACAAAUGUUGCUAAUUACAUGUACUAAAUUAGUUAUAGGGACAAGGACCUGGAAAACAAAUGGCAUUAAUGACAGGCUCAAGAUCACAUAUACACAUGUUACACCCUGUCACUUUGAGGGAGAAGGUCCGAGAAUGGUUGAAAGAAGACACCCCAAACUUUGAUUACGGCGGUUUUGUUGUUGGAGAAAAAAUUGAGACUGCAGUCCUGUUGUGUAAAAGUCCUGGGGUGCUGGCAGGUGCUCCCUUCUUUGAGGCAGUCUUCAAUGAACUUGACUGUAAUGUAGAGUGGCUGGUAUCUGAUGGAGUUUUUAUGAAACCAAUAUUUCAGUGUGCUAAAGUUACUGGGAAAGUCAGACAUAUAUUACUUGGGGAAAGGGUUGCGCUGAAUUGUAUAACACGUUCUAGUGGCAUUGCAACUCUAGCCAGGCGUCUCAAGGAAUGUGCUAAGCAAAAUAACUGGCAUGGUGAGAUAGCAGGUACAAGAAAAACAACUCCAGGCUUCAGAAUGGUAGAGAAAUAUGCACUGCUUGUUGGGGGAAUUUCCACCCAUCGAUAUGACUUGUCGUCAAUGAUAAUGCUCAAAGACAACCAUAUCUGGAGUUCUGGGAACAUAACUCAGGCUGUAAAAGAUGCUAGAAGUGUUGGAGGAUUUUCCACUAAGAUCGAGGUAGAAUGUCGGAGUUUAGAAGAAGCCCUGGAAGCGGCUGCAGCUGGAAGUGAAGUAGUCAUGUUAGAUAACUUUCAUCCAGAGGUGCUUCAUAACACAGCAAGUAAGGUGAAAGAAAAGUAUCCUCAUGCGUUGAUAGAGGCAAGUGGAGGUGUGACUGAGGACUCCUUACCUCAGUACUUUGGACCUUGCAUAGAUGUCAUAUCCCUCAGCAAGACUACCCAGGGAUACCAGACUGUGGACUUUUCUCUAAAGAUACAGAAAUCGGGGCAUAAUCCACAUAAUCCUUUAGUGGAAAAAUGAAAUAGAAUGCAGUAUUUAAGUUCAUUUACUAAGGGCUCUAAACUGCCAUUUGUAGAUCGAUCCAACUCUGCAGAGACUCUCACUGAUUGCAAUCAGAUUAACCCACCUACUCCUGGCAUUGAGUAGAAUACAGAUCUGGUGAUUAUAAUUAUGUUGGAAAUCAGUGGAGGGGUGUUAAUCUGCAUAUCUGGUAGCAUUCAGCAGAGUAGGAUUGAUUUUCAUUGGGAAUGGGCCCUAAGUAUUUUUUGAUAAAUGUUGUCUUUUUUUUAAUAUUUAAGAAAGCAAACCAUACAUUUUUUAAAAGUAGUUACAUACUAUGUGCUGUGCAAUCGGGGGUUUGUUACUGAGGCAUUAAAUUUUUUUUUAAUUAAGCAACUCUUGUUAACUAAUUCCAGUCAAACUUUAUUGCAAUGCAAAGCUGACAAUACAGUUUUAACUUUUUUCACGUAAUGUAAGUUGGUAUUGUUUUAG